AGUCACGGCUCGCAAGAGUAACAGUUUCAGAGCGAGUAGUAUGCGGUAGUGUGUAGGGCUGUUGCAGGACUUUACCGUGACUUUGCUGCUGCGCUGACUCCGGAUCAGUGAUCCAGAGAACAGUGGAAACGAAAAUUUCCGUGGUGUCGCGAAAAAUUUAAUAUCUUGUUUACAGUGUCCCGGUAGUCAUCGUCCAUCGGAACAGUUUCAUAUUUAUUUCAGUUUUUAAAAACUACCAAUAUAUUUACUAUUUUUUCCGUUAAUGCAUAAGUGCUGCGUUCCUUAGGUGUGUGUUCAUAUAUUCACUGCAUGCAUCAAUAUUCAUCAUUUUCACGUACUGUCUAAUCGGCUGAUAAAUUUCGUGUACAAAAUGUCAUUCCAACGUUGCGCGUGUGUAUUUCGAGUGUAAACAUCAACCCGUUGUUCACUUUAAGAAGCAGGCUAUGGAUAAUCUAGCUUAUUUGACAGAUGUCGUUUAGGGAACAAUUAUACAUUUUAUAGUUGAAACACACAAUGGGGAAGCUGUUGAGUCUGUUGGCUCGUGAUGAAUCGACCUGUUGCACACCGCAAAAAUAUGAUGUCUUCCUCGAUUUUGAGAAUGCUCAGCCAUCUGAUAAUGAAAGGGAAACAUUUGAGGACGUGCAGCGGGUGUUAAAAAAUUCUGAGUCUAUUUUGGAAGAAAUUCAAUUCUAUAAGGGAGCUGGGAAGGAAAUCAGGGAGGCAAUAUCAGCGCCAACAGACGAGUGUCAGAGGAAAGCCUACCUGGCUGUGGCUCCGCUUGUUGCCAAAUUAAAGCGAUUUUAUGAAUUCUCGCUAGAAUUAGAGGGUAUCGUACCAAAAAUAUUGGGUCAGCUCUGUUCAGGAAAUCUUUCACCCACGCAACACUUGGAGACACAGCAAGCAUUGGUGAAACAAUUAGCAGAAAUCUUGGAGUUCGUCUUCAAAUUUGACGAGCAUAAAAUGAAGACACCCGCCAUACAAAAUGACUUUAGUUAUUACCGAAGAACUCUGACUAGAACCACUUUUCCCAAGGAGGAUGAUAAUGAACGAGACAUUUGUGUUGGUAAUGAAUUGGCAUACAGGAUGUCUCUGUUUUAUGCCAAUGCAACACCUAUGCUUCGGGUACUCAGUGAAGCAACACUCGAAUUCCUAAAAGAUAAUGAGGAUACACCAAGAGAAAAUAUUACAGAAACUCUGGGCACAAUGGCUAAAGUCUGUUUGAGAAUGCUAGAAAAUCCAAAUCUGUUGGCACAGUUUCAAAGAGAAGAAACACAGCUGUUUGUCUUGAGGGUAAUGGUAGGACUUGUAAUACUCUACGACCAUGUUCAUCCUCAGGGUGCGUUUAUCAAGGGGUCAAAUGUUGAUGUAAAAGGUUGCAUCAAACUUCUCAAGGAUCAGCCGCCAUGCAAGAGUGAAGGACUUCUUAAUGCUCUACGUUACACAACCAAACAUCUAAAUGAAGAAAAUACUCCGAAAAAUAUACGUAACUUAUUAGCCUCAUGAUUUCCAAAGCAUCGCGGCUGCUGCAUCAGAAGCUGAACCGUUCCAAUGGAGAUCUAAAGAAAACGAUACCAAAGUACCAGGCGAAUAAAACUGCAUUUCAAAUGGCGAUUUUAACAAUACCUGUAUUAUUGUGGUGAUAGCAAUAAUGCCAACUGCCAGUAACGUAACGAAUUCUACACUAUUUAUAUUAUACAAAUGAGACUAUCAGAGAAGGAAUUGGUUGAUUAAUGGUAAAUGAUGAUUGUAAUUGUGAAUAGGUUUCGCAGAUAUAAAUCCAGAUCAUGAAAAUUAUUAGAGCAUAUCGUAUCAAAGGCUAGACACAUCUGAUAUUUUGAUUAACUUGUGAUAGAAGAUUAAAGUUUAAAUGUGUUGAAAAAUUUACAAAAUUUUAGCGUUAGUUUCGUGCAAAGGAAAAAAAAGUUUUCUCAACAAAUUUGCAGGCAUGUAAGAUGAUAUAUUAUUCAAAUCAAAGAUAGUAUUUUUCUUUUUUUUUUUAAGUCAUUGGAAUUCCAAUCAGUGUAUCAAAACAGUCAUAAUACGUAGUAUACAUACAUAAAUAACAUAUUCGUAGGUAGAUAAUUAAGUUAUUGAGACAAGCCAAAGAUAUCGUAACAGUUCAUACAAAUAGAUGGAUAUACCACUAAAAAUGUUUUAAAUAUUUUGUGAAAGCAUUCAAGUGGUCUUGUAGUACUAAUCCUUUUCAUACACUAUACUUGUGGUGUUUCACAUCACCAAUUAUACCGCAAAUCAUCGUCGUAUAUCGUCAGACCCGCGCAAAAGCAACUGUAAUAUUUUGUUCUGAUAUUACCAAUCGCUUCCACUUCGCAUUAAAUUUGACAUAGAGAAUACCAAAGCCGACCAUUGUUAGCUACGAUGAUUGCACGGCUAUUUUGCAUUUCAAGGAGAAAUGGAUACUUAUUAUACCGUCUACUUUCAUAGAGUUUACCUUAAUUAUAUAUAUAUUUUUUUUUUAAACAUAAUAUUACGAGCACCGCCAAAAAAAUUGUAAAUAACGACCAGAAAUAAAUAAAUAUUUGGAAUAUUCG